GUUUUAAUAAUUUUCAUUUAUUAUAAAGUAAAUAACAGUACUACGCAUAUAACUAAAAUUACUGUAAUUAACACAUUUAUUUCGUAAUUGACAAGUAUAGAAUCGUUAAAAAAGAUAUUCAAAAAAAAGUCAAGAAAUACUAAUAUGGAAAUUUUGAAUAAAACAUCCAAAGAAAAACCAAGAAAUUUAUGGAAAACUUUUGAUUGGGAUAAAUAUCAGAAUCAUGUUACUGUUUCUUCUAUUAAUUCUGCCACUAAAUCAGAAGAUAUUGAUGAUAGAGAAAAUUGGUGUCAAUCUUGUAAUGCAAAAAGAUUUGAAGAAAAUUUUAAAAAUUGGACUAGUGGAAAUAAAGACAUUGAUGAAUUUAUACAACAUUCACAACUUAAUGCUGUACAUUGUACAAAAUGUCUUGAAUGGAUACCUUUUGAAAAAUUACAAAAUGUCACUUAUAUUACCAGAGGAGGCUUUGGUAAAAUUUAUUCAGCCGAAUGGCCUAAUGGACGCAUUGUUCGUUGGGACAUUGAAAAUCAAAAAUGGAAGCGAGGCAUAGGUCGAAAAGUUGCAUUAAAAAGUUUGGAUAAUUCUUCUGAAAUCAGUACUGGUUUUUUAGAUGAGAUUUAUAUUCGAAGUGUUAUUUACUGCUAUGGAAUAACUCAAGAUCCAAAUACCAAAGUUUAUAUGAUGGUUUUACAUUAUUGUAAAAAUGGAAAUUUAAGAAAUUUCUAUUUAAAUGAAUAUGAUGAUAAUAUAAAACUUUAUAGAUUAUCAAAUAUUGCAAAUGGACUGUUAGAUAUCCAUAAUGCUGGAAAAGUCCAUAAAGACUUUCAUUCAGGUAAUAUAUUGCACGGUGGGGGUAUGUAUAUAAGUGAUUUAGGAAUGUGUCAACCAGCAAAUAAUGAAGAGAAAUCAGAAAAAAUAGGAGUUUAUGGAGUAUUACCUUAUAUGGCACCAGAAGUUUUACGUGGAUAUCAAUAUACAAAAGCAGCUGAUAUUUAUUCAUUUGGAAUAAUUAUGAAUGAGUACCUUUCUGAAGAAAUUCCUUUUAAUGAUAUUUCUCAUGAUCAUAUUUUAGCUUUUAAAAUAUGUAAAGGACUUAGACCAAAAAUUUCUGAACAUAUUCCAAAAUUUCUUGUAGAUUUAAUUAUGAAAUGUUGGGAUGCUAAAGCAGAAAAUAGACCAUCUGCUAAAGAAUUGUAUCAAAUAUUAAAUAAAUGGAAUGAAACACAAUACGAUGAUGAUGAAAUUUAUUCUCAGAUGAAUGAAUAUAAAAAAAUUAGAGAAAAAAAAUUUAAAAGCAGAUCAAAUGAAAAUAAGUCUGAAAGUAUUAAAACUCAUCCUCAAGCAAUCUAUACCAGUAGACUUUUAAGUUUUAAAAAUCUUCCAGAACCUAUAAACUCAUCAGAUUUAACAUCUUUCCAAGUUAAUUCAGACGAUGUCCCAUCAAUAUCAACAAAUCUAAUUUCAGAAUGCUUAGAUGUUCAACUUAGCGAAUCAGAUCUCAAUGAAAUUAUUCAAGAAGAUAAUUUGAAUGAUGAGACCUAAAUUAUAAUAGUUUUUUUCGGAAAUAAUCAGAAUAUUAUUUAAAAAGAUAAUAUUUAUAAUUUUUUAUUUAACUUUAGUUCAUAUUUUUAUUUACUUUUUUUAUAUCUUUAGUGGAAAUUUUUAUGGUGAAUGCUUGACAAAUGUCAUUCUGAUAUCAUGAUAAAAAAUUAUGAUAAAAAAAUCUUAGGUUAGCUUGUCUAUUAAUCAUUAAGAAAGCUUAAAAUUGAUUCUUUAUAUUUAUAAGUUAUAUAUUUUUAUAUUUAUUAUUAACUUUUUUUUUUAUCUAAAUAAGUUUUUAUCAUAAAUAAAAAAAAUUUUUUUUAUUUUAAAGUUAUUUAAGACUUUAAUUGAUCCAUCUAAAAUUAUUUUCGAGGCGGGUUAAAAAAAAUCAUAUAUUCAUCGGGAAAUUUUUUAAGGGAUAUAUAUCGAUGAAAAUGUCACUGAUAUAUAUCGGACUCGUCAAGAUAUACUGAUGUGGAU